CCCAAAAACAUGCCAGGAAGAUGAACUAUGCUAAAUUGCUGCUGGAUGUUCAUGAAUGUGUGAAUCUGCAUGUGAAUGGUGCCUUACAAUACACUGUUGGCUCAUCCAGGGUGUAUUCCCAGUUCACACCCAGUGUUCUCAGGAUUGGCUCCGGAUCCACCAUGACUCUGGCCAGGAGAUUACUGAUGAUGAAUGAUAUUAUGGCAGUUCAACAGCAGGUUACCACAGUGGUGUCGCACACAGGAUAUAGUUCUGGCACAUGGACCACACGCAUCUGUGACUGCUGCUCUGAUAUGAGCACUUGUUGUUGUGCCCUGUGGUGUUUCCCGUGUAUGCAAUGUCAGACUGCUUCUCAGUUUAUCAAAACUGUUAAUUUCGGCUCAUGCUGUGAUGACUGCUGUACUGUGUGUUUCUGCUACACCUGUGCCUGGUGCCAAAUGGCACGUGAAAUUAAGAUUCGUGCUCGAGCUGGCACUAGUGCCACUGUGAUCACUCAGCAGGUUAUAGGCUAGCUGAUCCUUUGCUGCUUCAAAGUUCAAAUGUUAAAUCUCAGCAUUUACAAUUUAAUCACUUCAGUGCAUAUUGUUCACCUUUAUUUCACACUGUUCACCUUAAGUUCUGAUCACACGAUGACAAAAGUGAAUAUAAAUAUACAUUUCUGUUAUAUUAACCAGUCUUAAUGACUUUUGAAUAUUGCUUUAGCUUUGCAACAAUGUUUGUUCCCCUUGCAACAAUUUGAUAAAUAAAGCAUAUAGCUGCUGUUAAA